AAAGCGUCGAAGUGGUGCUGGUCCAUGACACGAAUGAAUUCGCCUCGUAAUCUUUUAUUAGAAUUUUAUUUACAGUUUACAGUAACUAUUAAUCUCCUUUGGGAAGACUGAAGGCUCAUCCAUAUUACCCAACGUUUGUGCCAGGUCAUUGGCCUCGGCGGGUCAUGAUUGAGGUCACUUGGUGGGUGACAAAGUAGAGGAGCCCAACCCUCGGUAAAUUAAACAUCAGAAUGUAUUGGUGAAUGCCAAGAUUAUCACGAUGGAUGUAGAUGUUAGUGGAGCCAGCGUGUCUGACAGUGAGGGUUGUGGGAGCACCCCUUCUUCUUCUGGUCAUCUCUCGGGACAGAGCAGUGGUGGAGGAGGCAAGUUAAAAAGAUCAAGUAGUGCCCCCAUGAUCAACCAACUUGUACCCCAGGGUCCUGUUUCAGCACCAACAACAGCUUCUGCAACUAGAGAAAUGGUAUCGAAUGAGGUUCAUGGAGCUCAGCCUCGUGUCCGACGGUUUAGUGCAUCAUUUGGACCAGUAUCACCUCUUUCACCAGGAAGUACUCGCGGCAGUGGACCUCUUCGUGUUUGCCAACUACGUGUUGAAGAAGGAAUGGAUGUUGUUAACCGAGAAGCUGCACACGAGAGAACUGUUCAGUCAGCAUUACAGAUUACAGAUUCUUUAUCUCAAUCUUGGGAAGACUUAACUCUGACUGAAGAUGUUGGAAGACCAAAGUCACAUAGUAUAAGUGGUGGAAGCAUACCUACAAGCAUGGCUACAUCUCUAAGUGUUCCCAGCAGUGUAUCCCAUAGUGUUCCUGGAACAGUAUCAGGAGCUAUGUCAUCUAUGCGAAGAGAUUUUGCUGAUCCAUUGCACUUAACUAUAGUUCCAACUGUAGUACCUUUAACAGGAUGCGGUGCUUCUCCUACUCGUGGAGUUGGGCGACAGUGUUUUUCCCCAUCACUUCAACAGCAUGUACGAAAUACAUCCUUUUGUCCUUCACCUUCACCUACUAAAAAGACCUUUGCCACAAGGAGAAGUCUCAGUCCUAUUGCUCUUCGUCCUUCACCUCUAGGAGGUCUCAAGCGCAAGUGGGAAGUGGAUGAGCGUUGUGAAUCUUUUCUGACGCCAAGUAAACGAGCAUCUACUUGUAAUCCAGAAAGAUGCGGUGGGGGUCUCCUGAUAACCCAGCCUCACAGUCUUGAAAGCACACCCAGCCCUGCAGGUCCAGGGUCAUUAGGGAGUGUUGGUACACCAGAGUCCAUAUGUUCAUCAGGUUCCCCUGGAUUAUCUGCACCUCCAUAUUCUCCUGCUUCUCUUAGUGAGACUCCUGCCCAAACCCCAGACCCUCCACCACAUUUGUUCAAGCCAGUUUCACCUGCACUUGCCACCGAUCAAACAUCGUCGUUUGGUAACCAAAACCACGGGGACAGAUUUGGAAGUCAGGAGCACAGUAAUCGUUUCAGUAGUCAGAAUCACAGUGAUCAGUUUGGUAGCAGGGAACACAGUGACAGGUAUAGAGAGCAAGAGUCAAGGGAGCAGUUUAUGAGACAGCAACACAGAGAUCAGUUUGGGAGACAAGAUCAUCAUGGCUCAGGAGACAGUGACAGAUUUGAGGGUGAUGAACAAGUUAAAGGUGACACCAGUGACGGUAGCAGCAGUGAUGCUAUGAUAACUGAAGAUGUACCUUCUAGUGAUCUCAAAAGUUACCAAGACAUGGAUUUAAGUGAAUCGCUAACACAUCCCCCUCUCAACAUAUGACAUCACCUUUGACUGUUACACCCAAAGCUUACAUCGGUAUCUCUGCUGCAAGUUGUAGAAGGGAACCUGUGUAGCAAGUGUUAACAGUUACGUGAUGUUUACUAUAUUAUUUAGUAUUGCUUUUCAAAGUUGUACAGUAUAUGUGUCUGACCGUAUGCAUUGAGUAUUUAACUGGGAAUUUAAAACAAAUAUAUAUACAUAUAUGUAUUUACACUUCCAUCGUAUGAAUUGCGUUACAUGGUAAACAAAUGGUUAGUGAAAUAGAAAAAUCCCCGUACAUGCAUACACAGCAGAUAAACCAACGUAGUUAGUUCCAGUAAACACAUAUUACAUGCAUUUAGGAUACAUGCAUAUCAUACACACAAUAGUACCAAUAUAAACAGUAUAUAUUUAUAUAUAUUAAAAUAACCAACUUCAUUAUAACAGUGAGAUCCAAUGGCUCAGUGAUUGUGGGCUUGGGGUUGGUCAUUUUAAUAUGUAUAUGCAUAUUUUUACAUGCAUACAUAUAUAACUGCAUGUAUGUGUGCAUAAUAUGGUUUCACCUAGAGAUGUAAAGAAUCCUUGCAGGGCUAACCGUUAUAAAAAAAUGUAUCGACAAAACUGAGUCGAAUUUUACCAUCUUCCUAUAUUUACUUGUAAUUUAUUUAUAUGAGUAAAUUCCAUGAACAUUUUGAAAAAAUGUUUGAGUGUACAUACAUAUCUCCACAUUUUCAUCCUUCAUUUGGUCAUCCUCAUGAGCAUUAUUUUAUUUACAAUUUCAUCAAGCUCUUUAGAAUGGUAAUUCACUCAUGUUGACAAUUAUUUUCAUUAAUUCAUGAAUGUAAUUCAUUCAUAUUUUUCUUCUCCACUCCUCACUCAUCAUUGAGGUAAUUCAUUUAAAAGUGGCUGAAAGUAGCAAUUAAUGUGUGUAUAUUGAUCUGUUACAUGUGUUCCUAUCAUGAAAGUAUUGUUUUUUGUUUGCUUCACUCACUUAACUUGAUAUUUGUCUUUCAUACAGUAUAUACACAACUGUUUUUGUGAGAAGAUAUAUUUUGCAAAAGGAGAAAAGGUAAAAUAGUCCUGUUAAUAUAAUGCAAGCCUACAAUGCUUCAUUAAAUCUUUGUUUAGAUUGAUGUAUCAUUGUUUUAUGCCAUGUUUUGAACCCAGAAUGAAACUCCUGGGACUACACUAAGUGUAUACUGGUAAGGUGACUUAUUGUAAUCUUCUUGCAUUAUGGAGAUGCUUCAUAUUAGUUUUACUCUUGUUAACUUUGAAGGCAUAAAUCAUGAUAAUGUUUUAUUUAUAUAUUUAUUAGAAAUGAAUGCCCAGUAGCUUUGUCUUCAAAUCAAUUCCACUUCCUCACCCCUUGUUGUCUUGCAUAUUUUUUUCUUUAUUUCCAAUUCCAGUAUAAUGUUCCCAAAAGAGAACUACAUAUUAUGAAAUAUAACUUGCCAGUGAUUAUUAUACCUAAUAAAAUGCACAAUAAAGUUGACCUCCUGUAAUUUUCAAGUUUUAUGAAUCUCAUGGCUGUUUGUGUAUUCCUGAUGCAGAUUGUAAUAAUGAAUAGCUAAAGUUACUCACUUUUCAUGCAGAAGUAAGCUUGUUAUAGAAUCCGUUGUUCCUCUUAAUUUAUAUAGGAAAAACUUAACGUACAGCUUAUUACUAAAGUUUUCUUCUGAAACAAGGUGGAACAUAUUCCUUUCCUUUAGUAAUACUUUGAAGUCUUUGGAUUGUAAUUUUGAUAAUGACACUUGGUGUACUUUAUGUGCUCUUCAUAUUAACUCGUUAUUGAUGUGCUGUUAUAGUGAAUGUGAUGAACAUUAUUAUCAUUAAUGACUACCUCUACUUUUCUAAUAACUAAAUUGCAUUAGCAGUCCCCUUUGUUAAUAUUUUAUUUUUGUCUGAUAAAGUUCUAUUAAAGUUUCAAAAACUUU